AUGGCCCAUCGCCUCGUUACUCAAGUCGUCGUUACCGGUGCCCGAGUCUUCGGACGAGCCUUUGCCGAGGCCUACAAGCAGGCGUCGGCCGCAUCGAAGCAUAGCAAAGGCGCCGCGGGCGGAAAGUCGGGGGCCUUCACGUCGUCGGGACUGACGCUGGACGAGGCAUGCAAGAUCCUCAACGUGAAACCUCCCCAGGGUGAGGCCAACCUGGAGCAGGUGAUGGAGCGGUUCAAGAAGCUGUUCGAUCUCAACGACCCCCAGAAGGGUGGCAGCUUUUACCUCCAAAGCAAGAUUCUCCGGGCCCGUGAGAGGAUAGAGAUGGAAGUCCGACAAGCCGAGCGCAAGGUGGCCCAAGACAAGGAACUACAAGAGGGCUGGAAGCCCAAGGUGUACAAGGACCGGUGA